CACUUCAACUAAUAUUCCUUAACUUAGUAUACUCGCAAAUCUAAACUUGCCUAGUUAGUAAAAUUUCCAGAACCUCACAAAAACGUACUUAUGUGAGGAUAACUGUUCAGAUCGGUUCUCCUUUUAGCUAUCACAUCGGGUGAUCAAACCGUUUGUAAUUUAAAUUCCAAGUUUAAUCAAGUAAUGCACUGUCUAAAAGUGAUACUUGCGUUAAUCGCUUCACUGAUCGUGGGUGGAGCAGCCAAUUCGGACUACAAAAUCUUUUGUUAUUGGGAUGUCGGGUCCUUGCAUUACAAGAACAUUACACGUUUCUUUACUUGGGAUUUUGAUCCCGAGCUCUGCACACAUCUGAUCUACGGGUCGGCAUUUAGUGUGACUGAGGAGACUGGCGAGUUGGAACUGACAGAUAAAUAUGCCCUGGUGGAGAACGAAUUUUUGAGGGUUGGCAAAAAGUUCAAAAAGCAUGGAAACGUAGAAAAGCUAAUUUUCUCGGUGGGUGGCUUCAAUGAUAGGUCUGGCAAGUUCUCGAAAAUGGUCGGAGAUGUUCAUAGACGGGAUCGCUUCUUCACCUCAAUUAUUGAGUUUAUGUAUCAGUGGAGUUUUGAUGGUAUUCAAAUUGAUUGGGAAUUCCCCACGCAGCGCGGCGUACAACCAGAAGAUCGCCGGAAUUUCAUUAUGUUUUUAGAAGAGCUGAAGAUAAUUCUUGAGGAGCAUGAAUUCGUAUUGAUGACUGCCGUCUCCGGUCGCUUGGAUCAGCAGACUCUGGCAUUCUACGACAUUCCGAACAUUGUGAAGUAUUCGGAUUUUGUUGGCCUUGUGCUACACGAAAAUAGCGACCCCUACAGGUCCCAUCUUGGCUAUAACGCCCCACUUCCUGAUGUGAAAUUUGCCGUCGAGCAUUGGACGAAACAUGGACAAACGCCCUCAAAGCUAGUUGUCGUGGUACCCUUCUUUGUGAGGUCCUACACAAUGCAGCAAAAUAAUACAAUGGUGGGUGCUCCUAGCAAGGGUCCUGGUGAGCAAACUCAAUUCACGCGCCAACCAGGAUUCAUGACAUAUGGCGAAUGGUGCCUACGGUCUGGCAAAUGGAAGAAAAUGUUCGACUCGAGAGCUUCUGUACCAUACGCUUUCCGCAACAAUCAAUGGGUCAGCUACGAGGAUGCCAGCAGCAUUUAUGCCAAAAUGGCUGUGAUUCGAUCCCAUCGAUUGGCGGGAGCCAUGGCAUGGUCCGUGGAUGUUGAUGAUCACGGCGGCAAGUGUGGCGAGCGGUUUCCUUUGCUGCGUGUGAUUGUUGUAGCCAUUGGUGAUACCAAAACAUUGACCACAGAGAAACCCACCACAGAGGGCAUCGGUAUUUGUCCCCAGGAUGGUCUGUUCCGGCAUCCCUGGGAUUGUCAACAGUUCCACCAGUGUCGCGAUGGUCAACGCGUUGACUACGAAUGCGUCGAUGGAUACUAUUUCGAUCCGCAGGACGGCCAAUGCAAACUGGCCAAUUUGGUUAAAUGUGAAAAUAACUUUGUUACUUGGAAACCAGGGCAAAAGGGCUUCAAUGUCGAUAAUAUGCCAUUGAAUCUGAAGAUUGUUUCCAAUUAAUGAAUGAAAAGUAAUUCUCCCAUAAAUGUCACUUAAAGUUUGUCCAAUAAAUCAGUAAUUAGGGUACACUACA